AUGCCGUCGCUCGGUUUCCUCAAGAAGAAGCGCACCAAGGACUCCUCGCAAGGGUCUGACCAAGUCACUUCGCCAACCUCCCCUAACAUUGACAAGGGCGGCUCGCCAAUCACCCCCACCCUCUCCAAGACCAGCAACCUCUUCGCCGAGCCCGCCGAUACGCCUCAGAAUACCUCCUCCACCGCCGCGCCCACCGAUACCUCUGCCAAGCCAUCGAGCGGGAUGGGGGCCCAAGUCCAGCCCUCCAUCCAGAACCUCAUGAACCAGCCUGGAUACACCGGCUCACAGCAUGACUCUGCCUACUCGGGCCACAGCGACGGCAAUGUGCCCGUGAUCAAUGCCCCCGCCGCCAAACCCACCACCAACCCGCUGCGCGAGACCAAGGGAAAGUACACUCUGAAUGACUUUACCAUAUCGCGAACGCUGGGCACCGGUAGUUUCGGAAGAGUACAUUUGGUGCAGAGCAAACACAACCAGCGGUUCUAUGCGGUCAAAGUUCUUAAGAAGGCCCAGGUCAUUAAGAUGAAGCAGGUCGAACACACAAACGACGAGAGGAAGAUGCUGCAGCGGUGUAGACACCCAUUCCUUAUCACGUUGUGGGGCACGUGGCAGGAUGCGAAGAACCUGUACAUGGUCAUGGACUUCAUCGAGGGUGGUGAGCUGUUCAGCCUGCUGCGAAAGUCUCAGCGCUUCCCCAAUCCAGUCGCCAAGUUCUACGCUGCUGAAGUCACCCUCGCGCUCGACUACCUCCAUAGCAUGAACAUCAUAUAUCGAGAUCUGAAGCCCGAGAACCUGCUGCUAGAUCGACACGGCCACAUCAAGAUCACGGAUUUCGGAUUUGCCAAGGAAGUUCCAGAUAUCACCUGGACGCUCUGCGGCACUCCAGAUUACCUCGCCCCGGAAGUUGUGAGCAGCAAGGGGUACAACAAGAGUGUGGACUGGUGGAGCUUGGGCAUCCUCAUUUUCGAGAUGUUGGCAGGAUUCACACCUUUUUGGGAUGCUGGGUCGCCCCUCAAGAUCUACGAAAACAUCCUCAAAGGCCGAGUCAAGUACCCUCCGUACAUUCACCCAGACGCUCAGGACCUCCUCUCCAAGCUCAUCACAGCCGAUCUGACAAAGCGACUGGGUAACUUGCACGGAGGCAGCAAAGACGUCAUGACCCAUCCAUGGUUCGCAGAGGUCACAUGGGAAAGGCUGGCCAAGAAGGAUAUCGAUGCACCGUAUGUGCCUCCCGUGCGCGGAGGUGCAGGUGAUGCCAGUCUGUUUGACAAGUAUCCUGAAGAGCAAGAAGCAUACGGACAAGGAGGCGAUGAUCCCCACGGCUACCAAUUUCCCGACUUCUAA